AUGAAGACUGCUGUCGCUGCUCUUCUCGUUGGUCUUGUUGCCGUCCAAGCAUACAAUGUUGAGGUGAAGCAUGCUGAUGCUAUCCCAGUUGAGGCUCAGAUGCUCCGUGGACAAGAACUCGUUGAUUACGUCAACAAGCAACAGACCACAUUCACUGCUAAGCUUGGAUCAUACUUCAGCUCAUACCCAGACACCAUCAAGAAACAAUUGAUGGGAGCUAAGAUGGUUGAGAUUCCAGAGGAGUACAGAGUGUUCGAGAUGACCCACCCAGAAGUCCUUGAUACCGCUGUCCCAGAUUCCUUCGAUUCCCGUACUCAAUGGCCAAACUGCCCAUCCAUCUCCAAGAUUCGUGAUCAAUCUUCCUGUGGAUCCUGCUGGGCUGUUUCCGCUGCCGAGACCAUCUCCGACCGUAUCUGCAUUGCUUCCAAUGGAAAAACUCAGAUCUCCAUCUCUGCUGACGAUAUCAACGCUUGCUGUGGAAUGGUUUGUGGAAACGGAUGCAAUGGAGGAUACCCAAUCGAGGCUUGGCGCCACUACGUGAAGAAGGGAUACGUUACCGGUGGAUCUUACCAAGAGAAGUCCGGAUGCAAGCCAUACCCAUACCCACCAUGUGAGCACCACGUCAACGGAACUCACUACAAGCCAUGCCCAAGCAACAUGUACCCAACUGACAAGUGUGAGCACUCUUGCCAAGCUGGAUAUCCACUUACCUACACACAAGAUCUUCACUUCGGACAAUCCGCCUACGCUGUAUCCAAGAAGCCAGCUGAGAUCCAGAAGGAAAUCAUGACCCACGGACCAGUAGAGGUUGCUUUCACCGUCUACGAGGACUUUGAGCACUAUUCUGGAGGAGUCUAUGUCCAUACCGCUGGAGCCAGUCUCGGAGGACAUGCCGUCAAGAUGCUCGGAUGGGGAGUUGACAACGGAACUCCAUAUUGGCUCUGUGCCAACUCAUGGAACGAGGAUUGGGGAGAGAACGGAUAUUUCCGUAUCAUUCGUGGAGUCAACGAGUGCGGAAUUGAAUCUGGAGUUGUUGGAGGAACACCAAAGUUGUAA